UCGCAUUCCAGGACUACAUGAUCCCAUUUACUUGCUGUGCCGCCCGCCCGCCUGCCCAAAAAAAAAAGAUAGAAUCGGGAUGCCGAACGGCCUGUUUCAUAGCGAACGCGCAUAAAGAAAUCUAUCGAUUGCAUAGGUCAGCAGUAUGAUGCGUCAACGCUCUAUAUAUCUUUGAUAGAGCUAGAAAAGGUUUGUCAGGUUGACCUGGUGGGUGAACCAUGCUCUCUUGUUCAUCCACUUCUCGUUUUGCUCUCCAACGCUACCAAAGCCAUCUCUGUUAAGCAUGACCAACGGUUCGCGGUCCUAGCGCGCGAAUGUCCAGAAGACACCGGACCCGAUAAGAGAGGACUUGAUAACGGGUUUUGAACGCAGAUUGAAUAACAAGAGCUUUAAGGACCGGUAUGCGCCAUUGACCACAUGGUAUUCCAGGUGUCAGAUACGUCAGUAAGCCCAGGAGGAGUGGACUAACUCUAAUGAUUUCAGAUGAAGCUAUGCGUCUGCAAAACCUACGCCCAAAGUCUGUUUUUUUUUUUCCUUGGUAAGGUAGCAGGCCACCAUUUCCUUGCCUCUAAGCCCAGGGUGCCAGUUAUUGGAGACCUGCAAUGUUUAUGGACGGUAUCAUUGACCGAGGGUCCAGUUGAUUCAUGGUUGUGGAAACGGAUAGCAACGAUACGACGAAAUAACGAUAACCAGCUCCUAGAUAGACAGACCGCACUGUCUAUUUCUGUAUGCCACGACUCCAUGCAAGCACCAUAUAAACCGGUGGUUGCAUGAAGCGUCGAGACUGUCAUCCGCCCUUUCUCCUUGAAUCCGCCUUUGCAUUGCUCUUUUUUUUUUUUUUUUUUUUUCUUUUUUUU